AUGGCUGGCGUGUGGCAAGUGAUUCUAGCCUACAGGAGCUACCUGAUUGCUAUCCUAACACCUAUUUUGCUUCUUCCUCUGCCUCUGGCUGUUCCUACUCAGGAAGCCCGAUGUGCUUAUGUUAUCAUAUUGAUGUCAGUGUUUUGGUGCACAGAAGUCUUGCCAUUGGCUGUCACAGCCUUCUUUCCUGUUGUGCUGUUCCCACUAAUGAACAUCAUGGAUUCAACAACACUCUGCAGGGAAUAUUUGAAGGAUACCAAUAUGCUUUUUAUUGGGGGACUGCUGGUGGCCAUUGCUGUUGAGAACUGGAAUCUACAUAAGCGCAUUGCUUUGCAGGUCUUGCUAUUCGUUGGUGUCAGACCAGCCCUACUUCUUAUGGGUUUCAUGAUUGUGACUGCCUUCCUUUCAAUGUGGAUCAGCAACACUGCCACUACUGCCAUGAUGUUGCCAAUAGCGCAAGCAGUGUUGGAUCAGUUGCACAAGUCAGAACUAGAGUCUAGCUCAGCUGAGGAAGUGUCUGAAAACAUCAAUAAAGCCUUUGAGUUGCAGGAAGACUCAACGAAACCAGACAGCUCCAAAGCGACAGAGCAAAAAGGUGACAGUCAUGUUAUGACAGUUGAGGAAGACAAAAAACAGAACAGUGAAGAACUUCUGGAGAAGAAUCACAAGAAAUUCUGCAAGGGAAUGUCCCUCUCUAUUUGUUACUCAGCCACUAUUGGUGGGAUUGCAACUCUGACUGGGACGACUCCAAAUCUGGUACUGAAAGGACAGGUUGAUGAGCUCUUUCCUGACAACGGCAAUGUGAUCACCUUUGCCUCUUGGUUCUCCUUUGCUUUUCCCACCACGGUCCUGUUGCUGUUUUUGUCCUGGAUUUGGCUGCAGAUAUUGUUCUUGGGCUUUAAUUUUCAGAAGAAUUUCGGUUGUGCUGUAAAUGCCUCUGUAAAAGCUAAGGAACAACGGGCUUACGGUGUUAUCAAGGACGAGCACAAGAAGUUGGGCUCAAUGAAAUUUGCUGAGAUAAUAAUUUUAAUCCUCUUCAUACUACUGAUACUGCUGUGGUUUACUAGAGACCCUGGUUUCAUGCCAGGUUGGGCAACUACUCUCUUCAACAAAAAUGGUACAAGCUUUGUCACUGAUGCUACAGUUGUCGUCUUCAUUGCAAUUUUGAUGUUCUUCAUCCCUUCCGAGAUUCCUAGAUCUUUCUCCCAUACCGGUGGUGGACACAAACAACAAACAAACAGCAAACCAAAGAUUCCAGUACCUCCAGCUCUCCUGGAAUGGAAAACAGUUCAUCAGAAAAUGCCAUGGAAUAUUGUUUUUCUGCUGGGAGGUGGCUUUGCCUUAGCCAAAGGCAGUGAGGAAUCUGGUCUAUCCGCAUGGAUUGGCAGCAAACUGAAUCCUCUGCAGAACAUUCCUCAUCCAGCUACUGCUUUCUUGUUGUGUCUCCUCAUUGCCACUUUCACUGAGUGCACCAGCAAUGUAGCCACCACCACCCUCUUUCUCCCCAUUCUGGCUUCAAUGGCUCAAGCGAUCUGCCUCAAUCCACUCUAUGUCAUGCUGCCCUGUACACUUUCUGCAUCAUUGGCGUUCAUGCUCCCAGUGGCUACUCCUCCUAACGCUAUUGUCUUCUCAAACGGACAACUCAAGGUUAUAGAUAUGGCCAGAGCUGGAUUUAUACUGAACAUCAUAGGAGUUCUGACAAUAAAUCUAAGUAUCAACACCUGGGCUACAUCAUUGUUCCAACUGCAAACCUUCCCAGCUUGGGCAAACGGGACAAGUUCAUGCCAGUAA